GAUUGGCUUUCAGGCGACCGUGCAGGUGUGCGCGUGCGCCGCUGUAGAAGGCAGGCCCUUAGAAUAAGAUGGCCGCGGGAAGUUUUGCUUCCCGCCUCAGGGGCUCCCGGCGCUUCCUGAGUGUCUUCAUGGCCGGAGCUGUGGUGGGCGCCGCGGGAGGCGGGUUCACGGCCCUGCAGGUGCUCCGGAGUCAGGGCGCUGAGGCAGCGUUGGCGGUGAGGGAGCCCGACGGUUGCGCAGAAAAGGCUCUCUUGGAACAAUUUGGAGUCCCUUUAACUGGAACAGAGACUAGGCGUUACACUAAUCAUGCCUUGUCUUAUGAUCAGUCGAAGCGGGUGCCUAGAUGGGUACUUGAACAUAUAUCCAAAAGCAAGAUAAUGGGUGAUGCCGACAGAAAACAUUGUAAAUUUAAGCCUGAUCCCAACAUCCCUCCAACCUUCAGUGCCUUCAAUGAAGACUAUGUUGGGAGUGGGUGGUCACGAGGACACAUGGCUCCAGCAGGAAAUAACAAAUUUUCAUCUAAAGCCAUGGCUGAAACCUUUUACCUUUCUAAUAUUGUGCCUCAGAAUUUUGAUAAUAAUGCUGGAUAUUGGAACAGAAUGGAAAUGUACUGUCGAGAACUGACGGAGAGGUUUGAAGAUGUUUGGAUCGUAUCUGGACCGUUGACUUUACCUCAGACUGGAAGUGAUGGAAAGAAAACAGUUAGUUACCAGGUGAUCGGUGAGGAUAAUGUGGCGGUCCCCUCGCACCUUUAUAAGGUGAUCCUGGCUCGCAGAAGCCCAGUGUCCGCUGAACCACUGGCACUAGGGGCCUUCGUGGUGCCCAAUGAAGCCAUUGGCUUCCAACGCCAGUUAAGUGAAUUCCAAGUGAGUCUUCAGGACCUGGAGAAGUUAUCAGGACUGGUGUUUUUUCCUCAUUUGGAUAGAACUAGUGGUAUCAGGAAUAUCUGCUCUGUGGACACCUGUAAACUCCUGGAUUUCCAGGAGUUCACCCUGUACCUGAGCACGAGAAAGAUUGAGGGAGCCCGAUCAGUAUCCAGACUGGAAAAGGUCAUGGAAAAUUUGAAGAACGCAGGGAUUGAACCAGAUGAUUACUUCAUGAACCGCUAUAAGAAGAAACUAGAAGAACUCAAAGCUAAGGAGCAGUCAGGAAUCCUGGAGAGAAAGCCAUCUUAGUUGCUAUCUCAGAAGACGUGCGAGAGCAUCUCUAAUGAAGCAGGUGUGUCCUCUCCAGGCUAAUGUAUUUUCGUGGCUUGGCUUUAAAGAAAUUAUGAAAUCCUAAACUUAAGACUAAAUUUCUCUCCAGAGAUAAAAGAUCCAAAAGAUGAGAGAUCAGUAUUUUAUUUGAUGUGGGAACUAAUUAAGGAAACUGUGAGGUCUGCAGGUUGUGUGCUGGUCUUGUGUCAGGUUCACAGGACUCUGACCACAAGAUGACAUUGUUUUUGUGUCCCUCUGGAUGUUAGCACGUGAACGCAUUUUGUUUUUGUGCCUCCAGGUCACGCACUGUGUGUGAUGUAUCUGCCCAGCUUUCUUCAA